AUGGCUUGUCUUCGCGCGGGCGCUCGACUGCCCCAGUUGUCCAGUCGCAAUCCAUUCCGACUUGGUGUCUCUCGCUUCUGCUCUGCCAAAGCUCCAGAUGCAGAUAUUGAGACUAUCCUGGCCACCCCGAGCUGGUCUGUCCGGUCUCUGCUGCCCGACCAAGCUUCUCAGCCGUCGUCACCAUCCGUCACUCCCAAGCAACUCCAUCACCUCCUUCGCCUGUCCGCUCUGCCACAGCCAGCCAGUAAAGAAGAUGAACAGUCGAUGUUGAAUACGCUCGAGUCGCAGAUCCAUUUCGUCAAGGAUAUUCAACGCGUGGAUACCACUGGUGUUGAACCACUUCGGAGUAUUCGCGAUGAAAGCGCCGCCGCCGUGCAGGAGACUACGGUUGGAAUUGAGCAUCUCCAAGCCGCCAUGGCUAAGGAACAAGUGAUUGGCCGACGAAAGAGAAUCCAACGCGUGCCUGGCGACAAAAACACCCGUCCGGAUGGCAGCAUUUGGGAUGGGAACGCACUGGGGGCAGCAUCGCGCACGAAGGGAAAAUAUUUUGUGGUGGACACCGGCAAAUAA